AUGGGAGGAAUGUUGGAGAAGAAAGUGGUGGCGAAGGUGGUAGUUGCUGUGGAGUUGCCGGCGGCUGGUGGCGUUCCUAAUAUUAGCGUCGAUGGGAGUCUCCAUCCAAACCCAAAAAGAAAAAACCAGGACCACCCAUUUGUCGGACACCGCCACCCAACCCACCGUCUACUGCUGCCUCGACUGUCACCAUCCAUCUGGUUACAGAAGGCUGACUUCUGGCUCGAGAGUAGCUCUCAAAAAGGAGAAAAAAAAGGAACAAACACAAAUGAGAUUUUGACAGUCUUGUCCCAUUUCUUGCUUAUCUAUCCAUUUGAAUCCCAUUUCGACUGUCUAGAAGCUCUCCGAUUCAUUGGUUCUGUCAACUCCUACUUUAAUAGACUUAAAGGACUUUGGGAGGAACUCAAAAAUUAUAGGCCAAAUGUCAAUAAUACUGAUUAUAAAUUUGAGGAUCAGAUUAAGCAAUUUCUCAUGGGGUUAGAUGAACAAUUCUCUAAUGUGAGGAGUCAGAUCUUGCUGAUGGAUCCACUGCCUUCACUCAAUAAGGAUCUUUCAACAUGGAGGACGAUUGGGAUAUAUAGGCUCGAAGAUGGCUUAUACCACCUUCAGCAAUUUGAAUACUAGUGUAAUGAAUCUCCAUGUUUCCCUCAACAACUCACAUCAGCUUCAAAUAUUUCUUCUAGCAUUAGUCACAUUCCUAUUCACAUUUGCAAUGUAUUAAUUCAAACUCUAUUGUGUGUAAUUCUAUCAGUAAUAUUGCUGCUGACAUUGACAUUUGGCAUUGU